AAGUUGAAAGACAUUAUAAAUCAGUGAAGACAAAGAAAGAGAGAAGAAGGUGGGUUAUCCCUCUUCACUCCCAAUCCAACCAGCAAAUUUUCACUCACAGAUAAGCACUUAUUUUCACGAUUUCUGAUUUCCUUCAAAAUGCAAUCAUCCAUUUCUCUCUCUUCUUCGUACGCUUCCACCGUCUCGGGGCCACGUCACUCUUUUUCUCUUUCCGGUGGCAGCCUCGUCCCUUCGACUCUCCGCUUCUGUGGUCUCCGCCGCCAGGCAUUCACUUCCAGUUCCCUCAAUCACCACUGCCGCCGGCGUCUGCAGCACUCCGCCGCAGUGACCGCCGCGCUUUCGAACAACGGUACCGGUCCCACAUUGUUCGACUACGACUUGCUCAUAAUUGGCGCCGGCGUCGGUGGACACGGCGCCGCGCUUCACGCCGUUGAGAAGGGCCUUAAAACGGCCAUUGUUGAGGGAGAUGUGGUUGGAGGGACGUGUGUGAAUAGGGGCUGUGUUCCUUCUAAGGCACUUUUGGCUGUGAGCGGUCGUAUGCGAGAGCUACGGGAUGAUCAUCACUUGAAGUCGCUGGGUUUGCAGGUUUCUGGUGCUGGGUAUGACAGACAAGCAGUAGCUGACCAUGCUAAUAAUCUCGCUUCGAAAAUCCGUGGCAACUUGACCAACUCUUUAAAAGCUCUUGGAGUGGAUAUUCUCACUGGUUUUGGAACCAUUUUGGGUCCUCAAAAGGUGAAAGUUGGCUCUUCCAACAAAGUGGUAACUGCAAAAGACAUCAUUAUUGCUACUGGGUCGGUUCCUUUUGUUCCUAAGGGCAUUGAAGUUGAUGGGAAGACUGUGAUUACCAGUGACCAUGCACUCAAACUGGAGACUGUUCCAGAUUGGGUUGCAAUUGUAGGAAGUGGCUAUAUCGGUCUUGAAUUCAGUGAUGUUUAUACAGCUCUUGGAAGUGAGGUUACUUUUAUUGAAGCUUUAGACCAGCUCAUGCCAGGAUUUGAUCCUGAAAUUAGCAAGUUGGCUCAACGGGUUCUCAUAAAUCCCCGGAAUAUUGACUAUCAUACUGGAGUUUUUGCAUCAAAGAUCACUCCUGCAAGAGAUGGAAAACCUGUCACGAUUGAGCUCAUUGAUGCAAAGACCAAGGAACAAAAGGACACUUUAGAGGUGGACGCUGCGCUAAUAGCAACUGGAAGGGCUCCUUUCACACAAGGUCUUGGAUUGGAGAAUAUAGAUGUUGUAACUCAGCGUGGUUUUGUUCCUGUGGAUGAGCGCAUGCGAGUACUUGAUGCAAAUGGAAACCUGGUUCCUCAUUUGUAUUGUAUUGGUGAUGCAAAUGGCAAGAUGAUGCUUGCUCAUGCUGCCAGUGCGCAAGGAAUUUCAGUGGUUGAACAAGUCACUGGAAGAGAUCAUGUGCUCAAUCAUUUAAGCAUACCAGCUGCUUGUUUUACUCAUCCUGAAAUCAGCAUGGUUGGAUUGACCGAGCCUCAAGCAAGGGAGAAAGGAGAAAAGGAUGGUUUUCAAGUAAGCGUUGCCAAAACAAGUUUUAAAGCUAACACAAAGGCCUUAGCUGAAAAUGAAGGGGAGGGUCUUGCAAAGUUGAUAUACAGGCCUGACACUGGAGAGAUACUGGGAGUUCAUAUUUUUGGGUUGCAUGCUGCUGAUCUCAUCCACGAGGCGUCCAAUGCAAUAGCGUUAGGAACACGUAUUCAGGAUAUAAAAUUUGCCGUUCAUGCUCAUCCGACUUUGUCUGAGGUGCUUGAUGAGCUGUUUAAAUCAGCAAAGGUUAAAGCACAAGCUUCUGCACCAGUAAAGGAAGCAGUUGCAGUUUAAUCUACCCUGAGUAUCCGCUUUACGAAUGAGUUCCAUGUACAAUGGAGUUUCAAUGCAUUUCACAUCUUCUGGCGGAAUACUUCAACUCAUUCAGGAUCCAAUAGAAGAAGGAAACACCGUUAAAAGGAGGCUCGGAAUGGAUGAGUGCCGCAUAUAUUAUUUUGUUGGCAUAUUGUUAGUGUCCAACAAAGAUUAUAUUCCUUUCUCACUUCAAAUACUGGUUUUCUCCAAGUUGCAGCCUAGAUGCCGUCAUGUUCUGUGUGUAGCAGUUGCCUAUUUUUCAUGUUCCGAGGCCUUUGCGAGUACCCUAUUUUUCAUUGUUUCAGUUUUGAGCACGAACAUAAACCGUCAAUUUUUCACGUUAUGAAGUGACGAUAUAACGCAGUCCACCCUAUAAAGCAAUUUUGGUCUA